AUGGGAAAAAGCUAUAGAAACUAUUCAAAAACUGCAAGGAAUCCAAAGCGUCCCUUUGAAAAGGAACGUUUAGAUCAAGAAUUAAAAUUAAUUGGAGAAUAUGGUUUAAAAAACAAGAGAGAAAUAUGGAGAGUGCAAUACUUGUUAGCAAAGAUAAGAUCCGCAGCCAGAUAUUUAUUAACAUUAGAUGAAAAAAGCCCAAAAAGAAUAUUUCAAGGUGAAGCCUUAUUAAGAAGAAUGGUUCGUCAAGGUUUACUUGGUGAGAAUGAAGAAAAAUUAGAUUAUGUUUUAGGAUUAACUUUACCUAAAUUAUUAGAAAGAAGAUUGCAAACAAAAGUAUUUAAAUUAGGUUUAGCAAAAUCAGUACAUCAUGCUAGAGUAUUAAUAAGACAACGACAUAUUCGUGUUGGUAAACAAAUGGUUGAUAUUCCAUCAUUUCUAGUUCGUAUUGAUUCAGAAAAACAUAUUGAUUUUGCAACAGCUUCACCAUUUGGUGGAUCUAGACCUGGUAGAGUUAAGAGAAAAACAUUAAGAAACCAAAAAGAAAAAGCUGAAGGAGAUGAUAAUUAA